CUCUCUCUCUCUCUCUCUCUCUCUCUCUCUCUCUCUCUCUCUCUCAUAAACACAUACGUAUACACAUAGAAAACCUGAUCAUGGCAGAUACGCUGAGUGAAGAACAGCUGAUUGCUGUGCUGCAGAAAGCUUUCUAUGAGUUUGACACAAAUGGAGAUGGGAGCUUAAACAUAGAAGAACUGGAUGCAAUGAUGAGGGCAGGUUUUAUUAAAAAUCGAAGUGCCAAAGCGCUCCGAGACAUGUUCAAUAAAGCCGAUUCCAACGGAAACGGUACUAUUGAAUUGGACGAAUUCAUGAACAUGGCCAAGGGAGAGAAUCUAUAUGUGCUGAACAAAGAACAAAUUGUUGAGAUUCAGGAAGCUUUCACAAUGUUUGACAAAGAUGGAGAUGGUUGUAUUACCAUAGAAGAUCUUGCUACAAUGAUGAGGUGUUUGGAUCAAAAUCCGACUCAGAGAGAGCUCCAUGACAUAAUGAAUGAAAUCGAUUUGAACAGAAACGGGACGAUAGAAUUCGACGAAUUCUUGGACCACAUGUCCAAGAAUAUAAAGGAAAGUAAGGAUAUGAGCCUCAGAGAAGCUUUCAAUGUGUUUGAUGCGGAUCAAAAUGGUUACAUAUCAGCUAAUGAGUUUCGGCAGGGGAUGCUAAACUUAUUCGGACGCGAAAUAACAUACGAGGAGGCAGAAGAGAUGAUUAGAAAAUCAGAUUUGGAUGGUGAUGCACAUGCUAAUUUUAUUGAAUUUGUCAAUAUUUUGAGCACCCUUUGCUAAUUACUACAUCACAUUUUAUUUUUAUUUUAAUAAAUAAUUGUUGUAUUCUUCCAUAUUUUGUAAUGAAAUUAUAUAUUUCGUCGUGUUUGCAAGUUAUCCAAAUUUAU